CGCAGAUGUUGGCGCUUUAGCCGUGUAACGUUUGUUUGACGUAUCAGCCGGUGUUAUCAACAGAGACACACAUGUAGGUCCUUCUAGGAGGACUCCGCUACAAAGCGACAGGGGUGCCAAAUCCUCGAAUUUACGUCUAAUUAUUCAUUUAUGUGAUAUAAUGUAUUAUUAUGUGUAACUGAACUGCAUAAUUGUCGUACCGGAGACACUUCACCUAGCAGCGUAAGCGAGAGGCAAAGAUGCUUUCUGUUAUAUUCAGAAAAGGCAGCUUUGCAGCCCAGAAGGUAUUACGCUGGGCAGGUCCUAUGCAAAAAUGCUGGCCGUCAGCUGGGACUGGGGCUUCUGUUUGUGGAUCUGUAUCUUCCAGCUGGGCUUCACCAGCUAGUCUCUGGUUUGCAGGAAGAGGAACAGGACAAGCAAAAGCUCUUGCUGUGUUUAGUUUUAAUAAGACUGACCUCUUCCAUAGAAACCAGAAUCAUGAUGCUUCUUUUUGGAUGAGGAGCCAACACUUCCACACUUCUGUUGCGAGGUUGAAAAAGCGAGCACUGCCUGAACCUCCCCCUAGAGAACUCGAUCUGUUGCGCUAUGACAUGAAGGACUUUUUGAAAAGUCCCAGACCUGCCCUCUACCUGGGGUUUUCGGGGCUUGUCCCCUUCGUCUCACCCACCUUGUUUAUGGCUGUGACUGAGAGCUACUACCCAGAGUUGGCUUAUGCCCAGCUAGCCUAUGCUGCCUCCAUCAUUUCUUUCCUUGGUGGAGCGAGAUGGGGAUUCGCUCUUCCCGAGAGCAGCCCAGCAAAACCUGACUGGAUAAACCUGGCCAACAGCGUCGUCCCCUCCCUCUUGGCCUGGGUGGCCAUGCUGAUGAGUGACAGCAUUGUUCCUGCUGCCACCAUGGUCAUCAUGGGACUCGGAAUCUCACUCCAUUAUGAUCUGUCUCUCCUUCCCACUUACCCCAGUUGGUUCAAAGCCCUGCGCGCCAUCCUGACCACUGUUGCGUUUUUUUCUCUCUUAGGCACCCUUAUAAUGAACGGUUCAUACCCAGAGAAGAGCAUUUUCAGGGAUUGAUGACAUUUGGCUGGACAAGGCAUCCCUGGGUUGUGCUAAAUCUUUAUUUGGGUGAUCUGACUUCAAAGUUUUUCUUGAUAUUGAUGAUCUCUGAACCUGUUGGGUUGAUCUCUGUUUCUAGAAGUUGCCUGUGUUAAAUAUCAUGUUACAAACUGAACUCUGUUAAAGCAAACCAGAGAUAAAAAUAAAUAAAAUUCAA